AUGGUUUCUACACCGAAACGCAAACAUAAAACUUUAACUAUAGCUGAAAAGUGUGCCAUACUGGAUAGUUUGAAAGAUGGAGUGUCUGGAACUUCUCUUGCCCUUAAGUAUGCUCAAACCGAGAAAGGUCCAGGUUUAAGAAAAACGCUAAAAUUGCCAGAAAAUCCAGUGCUCGAAGAAGCACUUUUCACUUGGUUUUUAGAGCAAAGACGAAGACACGUUCCUUUAUCAGGCGAAAUCGUAAUGCAUAAAGCCAGAUUCUUUCAUAAAAAACUAACAGGGUCUGAUUUCAGUGCAAGUAGAGGGUGGCUGGAUAAUUUCAAAAAGCGUCAUGGCAUACGGCAGCUGAAAGUGUCAGGUGAGAAAGUCUCUAGUAAUGCGGAGGCUGUUCAACCAUUCCAAGAAAAGUUUUUGAAAGAGAUAAGAGAAAAAGACCUUUGUCCUGAACAAAUCUACAAUGCAGACGAAUCAGGAUUGUUUUGGAAGGUUCUGCCAGAUAAAACUUUAGCCUCUUCUGCUGAAACUAGUGCUUCUGGAUCCAAGGAAGGCCAAAAGCCAAGAUCUUUUGGAUCCGUAAAAUUACCAGUGCAUUAUCAAGGACAAAGGCGUGCUUGGGUAACUAGAGAUAUUUUCCUGGAGUGGUUCAGAGAACAUUUCGUUCCAGAAGUCAAACGUCAUUUGAAGAAAUUACGUCUACCACAAAGAGCAUUAUUGCUCCUAGAUAAUGCGCCCGGACAUCCAGAUGCUGAAGAUCUGACUACAGAAGAUGGCAAUUUUUCCGUACUGUACAUGCCACCAUACUGCACACCCUUGAUUCAGCCUAUGGAUCAAAACGUAAUUCAAAAUGUCAAGAUUAAUUACAAGAAGAAACUGCUGAUUCAAGUUUUUGCGCAACAAGAAGAUGAUGAAAGUUUAACACUACAUGAUGUUAUUAAAAGCAUCACAAUUAAAGACGCAAUUUUUUCACUAGCGCAAUGUUGGGAUCACGUGUCGAUGUCUCUCAUCAAAAAAUCUUGGAAGCCUCUAUGGCCUGACCAAUUCAAUGAAGCAGAAAAUGGAUCAGAAGAAAACGAUGGCUCUGACGUGGAAGACAAUCUCCCACUCAGUCUUCUACGCAACCGUGGAUAUACAGAAGAAACCAUUUCCACUUUCUUGACAAUCAGCGAAGAGGAGAAUUGCACAGAACCCAUAACUGAUGAUGAGAUCAUAGCCCAACUUAGGCAAGAGACUGACGAGCUUUUUGUUGACAAUACUUCUGCUUUAAACGUCAAGAAAAUUCCUCAUUCACAAGCUAUAUCAGCACUGAAUACUUGUUUGGAUUGGGCUGACGAAAAUUACUUUUCUUUAUCCGAAAAGAUGAUGCUGCGAAAUUUGAUGGACAAAGCCUUUUCUUGGUCAAUAAAUAGAACCCGCCAAACUAAAAUUGAUGACUUUAUGAAUAAGUAA